AUGGCUGAGGCAAAUGAUCCUCCAGUGACGGUGGAUAUUUUGGAGCCUGAUGACCAAACGGCUGAGGAUUCGGGUGUGGAUGAGGCCAUAGACGACGCUUCCUCGACCCAAUCGAUAUCCUCCAGCAUAUUCCAAUAUCGAGUAGAGAAUGGUAGAACGUAUGCAAUCUUUGGAAGCGGAGAAUAUCUGCUUCCGAACGACGACGAUGAACAAGAGAGGUUAGGUGAGUUCUCACUCUACCAAACUCCUCCAAGAAAUUGGAAGAGGAUUCUCGAUGUAGGCACAGGGACUGGUAUCUGGGCCAUGGACGUAGCGGAUGAGCAUCCAGAGGCAGAGGUCCUUGGCGUGGAUCUUAGUCCAAUUCAACCCAGCAUGUAUGAUUCCCUAUGGAACACUGCUAGUCUCAUCACUGAACGCCAUAAAUCUAGGGUUCCUCCUAACUGCAGAUUCGAAAUAGACGACUUGGAGGAUGACUGGACGUUCAAACAUCAGUUUGAUUUCAUAUUCAUCCGCAGUAUGAUUGCAAGCUUCAAAAGCUGGCCUGAUAUUUUUGCUAAAGCGUUCGAGAAUCUUGAGCCCGGGGGCUACAUUGAGGUCCAGGAUAAUGUAUACCCGCUCGCGAGCGACAACGGCACGAUUCACAACACCGAGAUCCUUCGGUGGUCCACGCUUAUGACUGAUGCUGCGAAAAAGAUUGGUCGCUCUAUUACAGUUGCUCCUGAAUUCAAGUCCAUGCUUAAGGAUGCAGGUUUCAUCGAUAUAGUGGAGAUCAAGAAGAGGAUCCCUAUGAACCGCUGGCCCAAGGAUUCACGGUACAGAGAGUUAGGAAUCUGGAGUUGCUCCAUGCUCCGCAGUAGUCUUGAAGGAAUCUCAAUGGGAUUGCUGACGAAACUUGGGUUGACUGUGGACGAAGUGCAUGCCAUUCUGGCCGGAGUUAGAAGGGACCUUCGCAGUACCAAGAUUCAUGGUUACUGGUAUACAUACUUGGUGUAUGCAAGGAAACCAGGGAACGUGACUGGUUGA